AUGAUCAAUGAAGAGUUCCCAAUGUUCAUCGUGGUCAUUGGAGAGUCCCCAACGUUCAUCAUGAUCAAUGAAGAGUCCCCAACGUUCAUCAUGGUCAUUGGAGAGUCCCCACAAGUCCUCACAGUCAUUGGAGAGUCCCCAACCUUGGCCAUGGUCAAUGAAGAGUCCCCAACCAUUACUGGAGAGUCUCCAACGUUCAUCAUGGUCAGUGGAGAGUCCCCAACGUUCAUGGUGGUCAUUGGAGUCAUUGAAGAGUCCCUGUGGUCAAUGGAGAGUCCCCAACGUUCACCAUGGUCAUUGGAGCCAUUGGAGAGUCCCCAAGCUUGGCCAUGGUCAAUGGAGAGUCCCCAACAUUCACCAUGGUCAAUGGAGAGUCCCCAAAGUCAAUGGAGAGUCCCCAAAGUCAUUGGAGGGUCCCCAAAGUCAAUGGAGAGUCCCCAACUCUUGGCCAUGGUCAAUGGAGAGUCCCCAAAGUCAAUGGAGAGUCCCCAAAGUCAAUGGAGGGUCCCCAAAGUCAAUGAAGAGUCCCCAAAGUCAAUGGAGAGUCCCCAGCCUUCAUCCUCAUCAUCCUCAUCAUCCUCAUCCUCUUGGGUUUCUUCCUCCCACCUUGGAGAGCUUCGAGGAGAGUCCUUGGCCUUCAUCAUCAUCAUCAUCAUCAUCAUCAUCAUCCUUCUCUUUGGAGAGCAUUGGAGCUUCAUCAGGAGAGCCCCUGGACCUUCAUCAUCAUCAUCAUCAUCAUCAUCAUCCUUGGAGAGCUCUGGACCUUCAUCAGGAGAGCCCUGGACCUUCAUCAUCCUCAUGGAGAGCUCCUGGAUCUUCAUCAUCAUCAUCAUCCUCCUUCAUCAUCCUCAUGGAGAGCCCUGGACCUUCAUCCUCCUCCUCCUGGACCUUCAUCUUCCUCCUCCUGGACCUUCAUCAUCCUCAUGGAGAGCCCCUGGACCUUCAUCAUCCUCAUCCUGGACCUUCAUCAUCCUCAUCAUCCUCCUUGGAGAGCCCUGGACCUUCAUCAUCCUCAUCCUGGACCUUCGUCAUCAUCAGGAGAGCCCCUGGACCUUCAUCAUCCUCAUCCUGGACCUUCAUCAUCAUCAUCAUCUUCCUCCUCCUGGACCUUCAUCCCCUGCCCCUCCCCCUGCCCCUCCCCCUUCGCUCUGA